AUGUUAGCCCAGCUUCUAGACCGCUACAUCCAUUUCAAGUUCCAACUCACAAACACGCAACUAGGCAUGCCUUCAUUAACGUCUUCGUCCAAACUAGCGAGUUCAAAACGGCUCAGGACUCUCAAAGCCCUUCGGAAAGAGCAGGAAUCCCUCACUGGGUGCGUAUCGUACACCAGGACGCGAAUGAAGAAACUGGGCGAAGAAAUCAACUUUGAACACAUGAGCAGUGCAAAGUAUUGGGAGAAAGCAAUAGAAUACGCCGUUUUGGGUCGGGACUUAUCGUUAUACCAGCUCCAGAGAGCUAGAGUCGACCAUCGUAUCGCUCGUAAAAGAAAGGAAUUUGGGCCUGGAGUCAAAUUCAUGAGAACAGACAAGGCACGACUGUUCAACGAGAGUAUGAUGGCCUGGGGCUUAAAGGGAAAGAUCUAUGAGCGAUGA